AUGCUGAUCUUUUGCCCCAACUGCAGCAAUGCACUCACCAUCUCCAAGGCGGAGCCCAGCACGAGAUAUCCCAUGGGAGUCAACCGCUUCGAAUGUCGAACCUGUCCCUACGAAUCACCACUGGAUAGAGAAUGGUUCGAAAGCACCGCUCUGAAGGAGAAGCAGGUCGAUGAUAUCUUUGGUGGUGCGGAGGAAUUUGCCAAUGCCGACAGUGUUGCCACUCAAUGCCCCGCAGAAGCCUGCCAUGGGGAACGUGCAUACUUCUUCCAGCUGCAGAUUCGCAGUGCAGACGAGCCCAUGACCACAUUCUUGAAGUGUACUUCGUGCGGUGCUCGCUGGAGAGAGAAUUAG